CGGCACCGCCCGGGAAGCUGCGCGAGGCUCGGAGAUCACCGGCACAUCCUCCUUCUGGUCCAGGGCUAUCCGAGCAGAGCCAGGGCCAAGCGUUGGAGGCUCCGACGGCGCGGGCGGUUCGGAGCGCCGAGCCAUGGCGCACCAGACGGGCAUCCACGCCACCGAGGAGCUGAAAGAGUUCUUCGCCAGGGCGCGGGCUGGCUCCGUACGCCUCAUCAAAGUGGUCAUCGAGGACGAGCAGCUCGUGCUGGGCGCCUCGCAGGAGCUGGGGGGCCGCUGGGACCAGGACUACGACAGGGCUGUGCUGCCGCUGCUGGACGCCCAGCAGCCCUGCUACCUGCUCUACCGCCUCGACUCCCAGAAUGCCCAGGGCUUUGAGUGGCUUUUCCUCGCCUGGUCACCUGAUAACUCUCCUGUACGGCUGAAGAUGCUGUACGCAGCCACGCGGGCCACGGUGAAGAAGGAGUUCGGGGGCGGCCACAUCAAGGAUGAGCUCUUUGGCACUGUGAAGGAUGACCUGUCCUUCGCCGGGUACCAGAAGCACCUGUCGUCCUGUGCGGCGCCUGCCCCGCUGACCUCAGCGGAGAGAGAGCUUCAGCAGAUCCGUAUCAAUGAGGUGAAGACAGAGAUCAGCGUGGAAAGCAAGCACCAGACCCUGCAGGGCCUCGCCUUCCCCCUGCAACCCGAGGCCCAGCGGGCGCUUCAGCAGCUCAGGCAGAAGCUGAUCGACUAUAUCCAGCUGAAGCUGGACCUGGAGCGGGAGACCAUCGAGUUGGUGCACACGGAGCCCACGGACGUGGCCCGGCUGCCCUCCCGGGUGCCCCGAGAUGCGGCCCGCUACCACUUCUUCCUCUACAAGCACACCCACGAGGGCUGCCGCGCAGGGUCCCCGAUGUUCAUCUACUCCAUGCCGGGCUACAAGUGCAGCAUCAGGGAGCGCAUGCUCUACUCCAGCUGCAAGAGCCGCCUCCUCGAUUCUGCUGAGCAAGACUUCCAGCUGGAGAUUGCCAAGAAGAUCGAGAUUGGCGAUGGGGCGGAGCUGACAGCCGAGUUCCUGUACGAUGAGGUGCACCCCAAGCAACAUGCCUUCAAGCAGGCCUUUGCCAAGCCCAAGGGUCCUGGGGGCAAGCGGGGCCACAAGCGCCUCAUCCGCGGCCCUGGUGAGAAUGGAGAUGACAGCUAGGCGGCUGGGCCUGAGCCGGGCUGGCGUGUGGACUGUGGGCUGCCUGCCCCGCUGCUCCCGGCCACCACCCUCCUUCCCAGCCCAGGCUCCUGGAAGCGCUUCCUGUAAGGCAAGAGGGGCUGGGGCUGAACACACCUGCAGCUGCCCAGGGACACUGGGCUGCCAUUCUGUGACCCUUCUCCAUCGCUGUCUGUGCUCAUCUGUGUGCCCGGGCCCUGUGUGGAACCUGACAUGAACCUGGCCUCCAGGGGAACAGACUGGGUCCCAGCACAGCCCGGAGCCUGUGGCCACAAGGGAUGGGGUCAUUGAGGCUGAGGCAGGAGUCACUGCAGGACGGGAUGGCUGAAUGCUGUAUUUUCUAAAGAAUAAAAUAUUUUUAAAUCAA